AUGUGGAAGGCUGUCUUGAAUGCAUGGAACGGAACCGAGAACCAAAGCGAGAAUGCUUCAAAUAUUCAAUCGUAUAAUUUUGAAGACAUGAAGAGAAUCGUUGAAAAGCAUGACUCCAACGUGGUUUUGGUAGAUGUUAGAGAACCAUCUGAGUACUCAAUUGUUCAUAUCCCUGCUUCUAUCAAUGUGCCAUAUAGAUCGCAUCCCGACGCGUUUACUUUAGGUCCUCUCGAAUUUGAGAAACAAAUUGGUAUCCCAAAACCUGACAGUUCAAAGGAGCUGAUAUUUUACUGUGCUUCUGGUAAACGCGGGGAAGAAGCUCAAAAAGUCGCUUACUCACAUGGAUAUUCGAACACAUCUCUAUAUCCUGGCUCUAUGAAUGAUUGGAUUGCACACGGGGGUGAUAAACUUGAUUUAUAA